GGCUUAAAUGGGUAUUGUGUGGCAAGUGCCUGGUUGGGAGACAGUAGUAGGUGUUUAACAAAAGUUAGAUACCUUGUCUUUUUAUCGGCUGGCUACCAGGACCUCGCGGUCAGCAAGCCUGGUUAGGCAUCUCUCAAACGCCCAGUGUAGGGUGAGGUAUGGAAGUCCUACCACGUGCUUGAGGUAAUGCACAAGUGUGCCGAUCCAACAAAAGCCCCUGGGUCUGUUUGACUUGUUCAAGUGUCCACUGUGGAAGGAUUUGGGGAGCCUGAAAAUACUUUGUACAGAUAACACUUUUUUAAAACAGAAGAAAUGUACAAGCACUUAAAUUCUGCACUUGAAGAGACAGAUUCCUCUCCUAGAUUUUGAGAGGUAUGUGAAUGGCCAUGCAAAGAAGCAUUAUGAAGACGCACAAGUACCCUUAACCAACCAUAAGAAAUCAGAAAAACAAGAUAAAGCUCAGCACACAGUGUGUAUGGAUUGUAGUAGCUACAGUACAUACUGUUAUCGCUGUGAUGAUUUUGUGGUUAAUGACACCAAGCUGGGACUGGUACAGAAAGUCAGAGAACACUUGCAGAACUUGGAAAACUCAGCUUUCACAGCUGACAGGCAUAGGAAAAGAAAACUUUUGGAAAACUCAUCACUAAACAGCAAGUUACUAAAAGUAAAUGGAAGCACCACUGCCAUUUGUGCCACAGGCCUUCGCAAUUUGGGGAACACGUGUUUUAUGAAUGCCAUCCUUCAGUCACUCAGUAACAUUGAACAGUUUUGCUGUUAUUUCAAAGAACUGCCCGCUGUGGAGUUAAGGAAUGGGAAGACGGCAGGAAGGCGAACAUACCACACCAGGAGCCAAGGGGAUAACAAUGUGUCUUUGGUGGAAGAGUUUAGAAAGACACUCUGUGCUUUAUGGCAAGGUAGCCAAACUGCAUUUAGCCCAGAGUCCUUAUUUUAUGUUGUUUGGAAGAUUAUGCCAAAUUUUAGGGGCUAUCAGCAGCAGGAUGCCCAUGAAUUCAUGCGCUACCUUUUGGACCACCUGCACUUGGAACUCCAGGGCGGUUUCAAUGGUGUUUCCUGCUCACCAAUUCUGCAGGAGAAUUCUACCCUGUCUGCAAGUAACAAAUGUUGCAUAAAUGGAGCAUCUACAGUUGUCACGGCUAUAUUUGGAGGCAUUCUCCAAAAUGAGGUUAACUGCCUUAUAUGUGGGACAGAAUCUAGAAAGUUUGAUCCAUUCCUAGACCUUUCAUUAGAUAUUCCAAGUCAAUUCAGAAAUAAGCGCUCUAAGAAUCAAGAAAAUGGACCAGUUUGUUCAUUACGAGAUUGUCUUCGCAGUUUUACCGACCUAGAAGAGCUUGAUGAGACAGAGUUAUAUAUGUGCCACAAAUGCAAAAAGAAACAAAAGUCCACUAAAAAGUUUUGGAUUCAAAAACUACCCAAGGUGCUAUGCUUACAUUUGAAAAGAUUUCAUUGGACAGCAUAUUUAAGAAACAAAGUUGACACAUAUGUAGAGUUUCCACUGAGAGGUCUAGACAUGAAAUGCUACUUACUAGAGCCUGAGAACAGUGGCCCUGAGAACUGCCUGUACGACCUCGCCGCUGUGGUGGUGCACCAUGGUUCCGGGGUGGGUUCUGGACAUUACACAGCAUAUGCAACUCACGAAGGCCGCUGGUUCCAUUUCAAUGACAGCACUGUGACGCUGACGGAGGAGGACACCGUGGUGAAGGCCAAGGCCUACAUCCUGUUCUACGCGGAGCGCCAGGCCAGAGCGGGGCCGGAUAAACUUUAAUGCCUCCGCUCAAUCGUUACUCGUCAACUAUGCCGGACAAACAUUUCCAAUUUUCCGUAAAUACUUGAUCCAAGAUUGAAUUUCAUUAUGCACUUUUCAAUUUCCUAUUUGGGGUUUAGUUUUAUUUUGUCAAUGGUAGUGAACAUGGGCACCAACUAAUUUUUUUUUUUUUUAGUUCUACCAGAAAACCUCAGCAGAUAUUUUGAUUUGCUGCUUUAGUGGUAAUAAUUCAGUUUUUAUAUGUAGUUCCAAGAACUUAGUUCUAUUGGACGUUUUUAUAUUAAUGUUUCAGUUCUCACUUUGAGGCACAUUUACAUCAAUGCUUUGUUGCUCUCACAUGCUGACAGUAAGGCCUGUUCCUGACGGGAGAGCACUGCGGCUGCCUGCUGCUCUGCACAGCUGUGCCGGAGACCAGGCCGGCUCUGAGUCAGGAAUCACGUGCAUGUGUGAUCUGUGGCCCAUGAGGUUUCAGUGACUGCUCAGGAACCAUCCGUUCUGCAUGUAAAGGUAACAGGGCAUCACGACGUAGACCAGGGAACGGAUGCUCUUGUCUUUCUCAAGGCUGCUGUUCAUCAGCACGAACUAAAUAACUUCGUUGGUUCAGUGA